CCAUCAGUGCUGACCGUACCGCGCGCCCGGCCGCCCGUACACAACAAACAUUUACCCACUGUCUAGUAUAAAAAGCUGGCAUCAGCGCAACUGUAUUUAGCAAGAUCCUUUGUUAGUCAACGGUGAAAGGUUCACAAGUAUAAAACAAAAAAAUUAAUCAGUUCUACAUCAUUUAAAGUACGAGAUGCGACCAGUGGUCAUCCUGGUGUUGCUGGCGAUCGCCGCGGCUGAGGUUGCGGAGGAGCCCUGGGUGGAGGAGGAGGAUGUAGACGACUCAUACGAUGACUACGAGCCGGCCAGGACCAGGCGCGAUGUGCAUGAUGCAGGACCUUUUGACGAACAUAUCCGGGUGAAGCGGUGCUGUGAACCGAGAUCUCGGAGAGCAGCAGAGCACGUGAGGGUGCCUCGUCAGCUCCACCAGUAUGAGGUCCACGAGCUCACAGAUGAGAGGGAGAUGGAAUCCCCGCCCUAUGAAGAGAUGCUGGCCGCGAGUGCGAACCACUACCAUAAAGUGUACGCUCCGAGUCCUCGAUACUUGAGACCCGAUGUGAACAGUGCUAACAUUGCUGAAGUGGCGAAUGCUGCUCCGGCGGAAGCAGUGCCGUCUCAACCAGUUCAGUUCAUUGCCAGUCCACCGGGGCCUGUUCCCUUGGCUUCGAACCCCAUUCCCGUGGAUAAUCCCAUCCCAGUGCCGGUGUCUGCUGAACCGUUGAUCCAGGCUCCGAAGCAGUUGGCUUCAGGAGACUUGUAUGGUUCAUCAACUGGACAUCAUCACUCGAAGCAUGCCCACGGACAUUCUCUGGGAGGUGGACAUGCCAAACAUGGAGGACAUUAUGCUGAGCACGGAGGCAAGACUUCCAAAGGCUAUCACCACGAUCACCAUUUAGACAAGGGAGGUAAAGGCUACAAGACUGAUGAAUACCAUAAGAAACAAUACGAGGAAGCUGAAGGGAAGAAGAAAAAACAUCACGACCACGCUGGACAUAAGGGCAGCCAUGAAGAAGAAGCAUUUGGACACAGAGGAGCUAACUUCGAUGAGAAAAAGGGACACAAGAAAGGACAUAAGACCAAGGGCUACCACAACAAGUACCACAAGGACGAAUUCCACAAGGAACACAAGUUCUACGACGACUUCCACAAGAGCGGGGAACACCACAGAUACGGCAAGUUCAAUGCCAAGCACGCUAGCAACGAGAGUGGCAAGAAGAAGGCUCACCACGUCAACGCCGGACAUGACUUCGUCGAGAAAGGAAAGAAGGGAUACAGCAACAAGGGUCACGUCGAUGCUGAUCACAAAGGAUACCAUGGAAACCAUGGCCACGAAGAACACCACGCGUCACAUGCUGACCACGGCAGGAAAGGCGGGAAGGAAGGAGCAUCCCACUGGGGCUACAAGAAAAACUAGAUCUUAUACCUUAGGUGUUAAGAGGCAACUUCCUCUGGGAUUCUGUUGCAUUAUAUGCCAUUUAGAGACGUUGGUUUAUAGUAUGUUUUUAUGUGAUAAGUUUAGAGGUUCAACGUCGUUGCUACGAGUAUUUUGAGGUAAGGUUUAAGCUGGUUGGUGUUAUAUGUAGACUUGUGAAGGAGUCGUGAGAACACUACCAAAUAAAUUGUAUUAAAAUGAUGAUCAAAGUGCAUCGAAUCUCGAUAUAAUCUUUACUAAUACCAACCCAAGCAAUACAUUACAUCAAAUUUAAAGAGGCUAUGGUGAUUAUUGAUUUCUUGAUUGAUUGCUUGUUUGAUUUCAUGAUGUAAUUCGAUAGUUAAUUACUUUUAUGGUUCGUUAACAAUCGCAUAAUUGUUGUCAUUAAUGGAAAUUUCAAUUGACCCGAAAAGUGUGUCAUAAGUUGCAGUCAAUAACGGUUCCAGUACUUUAUUAGCUUUAGAUACUUUAACACUAUUUGUUUAUAUAUUGAUGAUUUCUUAUAGUUCGCUUCCAGAAUCUUCUAUCCGGUUCAGUGAAGCGGCAAUAAUUUCUUCGUUUACAUUAUAAUUAUCGCUUUCGUUCUACCAAAUCGAUUAUCUCCCAAUUUCUAAAAAAACGUUUAGGGACGUGUUUCUAACACGUUUGUACUUUAACGUGUUUCUUGUUCUUUUCUUCUUUUUCUUUCUAUUUUACUAUCAUUAGUAUCACUGUCACUAUUAACUACCUCUAUAGAACAUUUUUUCACUCAUACAUAACACUAUUUUCUGUUUCUAUGUCAUCUAUAACUUCUUCUCUCUAUUUCUCUUUCUUUUUUUAUCCUUCUUAUUCUUGCUAAAAUCAUGUUUCUCCUUUAAAUCUUCUCUCACUAUCAAAGUUAGUUAACUUCUAUUAGAAUAUUGACGGCAACAAAAACAUUGAUUUUCGUAAGGCGUAUCAAAUUGCACGUAUCUAUUCAAACAAGACUUUUUGUUCGUCUGCUCUCGUUUUUUGUGACCCCAUUAGUUCUUUUUUGAUUAUUCUCGUAUUAUAAUUAAUUUAAUUGUCAAACACGAUUACGUAAUUAGGUGUACCUACUUUUGUUUCGUCAAUGCCAUGGUCUGAUUUUUUUGAAAGAUAAUUAAUAAUUUGUUACAGUUACCAUUAUUAAAAUCUAAAGGCAAAUAGAUAUUUGUAUAGUUACCUAGGUAUUGUACUGCGUAUAAUAAUAUUUGUUGUGUUUGACAAACAUUUUCACAAUUAAUUUACUUUAUAAAGACGAGAAUAACAUUGUGAUUGUUACAAGAUAAGAGAAAGAUGUCGGAUUGAGAUGAACUUAAAAAAAUCACUACGGGUGCAUAGUGCUUGGAGGCAUUAUUUGUGUUUAUUACCUAAUUAUGGACCAGCAAAAGACGUGUGUAACUAUAAAUAUUAAUAUUGAACCAAAAUACUAAUAGAACCUUCAGUAAGAUAUACUAGUAUUAGUAACUUAAGUGCAGUUAUCGUGAUAUUUAUUACUAUUAGAGAUACUGUAACUCUGUAAUUACCAUAUUUUUGUAUUGUUUUUAUUAAAAGAAACGCAUAUUUU